GUAUAUAACAGACGCGCUAUGGCCGCUGUGCCGAUGGAGAGCGAUGAGCAAGCCCGGUAUCGGUUCCAGCUGGAGCUAGAGUUUGUUCAGUGCUUGGCCAAUCCUAAUUACCUGAACUUCCUGGCACAGAGGGGAUUCUUCAAGGACAAACCGUUUGUCAAUUAUCUGAAAUAUCUUCUUUACUGGAAGGAUCCUGAAUAUGCAAAAUAUUUAAAGUAUCCCCAAUGCUUGUAUAUGUUGGAAUUGCUACAGUAUGAACAUUUCCGCAAAGAGCUUGUGAAUGCCCAGUGUGCCAAGUUUAUAGAUGAACAGCAAAUCUUGCACUGGCAACACUAUUCCCGCAAGCGUACGAGACUCCAGCAAGCUCUGGCAGAGCAGCAACCACAAAACAACACCAUUGGAAAGUGACACAUUUGUAUAAAGUAAUAUUCACGCCCAUAACAAAAGAAUGAUGUGUUGUUACCGAAUGUAAAUAGUGAUGCCCAUUACCUACAAGUGAAUCUGAACUAUGGAUCACUUUGAAGCGUUUAAUAUUGUCACAUGUAAUUAUUCAGCUUGGCAAGUGACCUCAUUAAUGAAUACUGGUCAGAUACUGUUUUGUGUAUUAUAUUGCUCAGAGAAAAGACUUCUUUCCAACACAUGACU